UGAAACGAACUCGUCUGGUUUGUGUUACACGAAAAAAGUAUCGUAAACGCAAUUUACAUUAGAAUAUCUUAAAUGAUACCACAUUUGCUUUAUAUUUAUAUAAAAACAAAUUUGUAAAUAAUUAGUGUUUAAAUUUAUAGAACAUUAAGAAAAAUCUCGAAUGUUUUCGUGCAGUAAGUUUGAAAAGGAUUAAAGAAUGUUUUAGCAAAGUAUUACGGUUUGGCAGAUUACGCUCAAAGGCAACAUAAAGAUGGACUGCGGAAGAAUCGCAAACAGCGUCCUACAUUGGAACUACAGGGGAUUUACUGAAUUUCCCCUCAAGCGUCUACAAGGCGAGGAGGACGAGAUAACGGACAUUUAUUUAAAGGAAAAUUUAAUAUCUCGUAUACCAAGCGAUAUUGGUAAACUGAACAACCUAGAAAGCUUAUAUCUGAGCGGGAAUGACAUUACCGAGUUGCCUAUAGAGAUAGCGAAGUUAACUCGUUUGAAGUGUUUGGAUCUUAGUGGCAAUAGAUUGCGAUAUAUACCGGAUGAGAUCGGCGAAGUGAGGAACUUAAAAUUUUUGAUAUUGGAUGAGAAUGAACUCCGUGAACUGCCGUUAAGGAUAGCCGAGUUGCGGACGCUUCGUUAUCUUUCGGUUUGUGACAACGCCCUACAGUGGUUACCUCAAAGACCUGUUUAUAAUUAUCAUCAUUGCGAAUUGAGAUUUUGGAGGAACUCGAGUCUGAAGUCUAUACCGUAUUCAUUAUGGUAUCAUAUGUUUAGAGGACAGCAGACAAGAAGUCUCGAUAUAGGGUGUUUAAGCCAACCAAAUCAUCAACAAACGUCUAAUUCGGCGAGGUGUGUGUUGCAGCUAAGUCAAAAUUUACCAGGAUACCAUUUAGAUUUAAACUUUCCAACAAAAUACAAUCAUAUUUUCGAUAAAGGUUCGUCAUUCGUACCGAGUCUAUUCGAAUUAUCAAAAAGAAAAUUUUAUGAUGUUAUCAAGGAAGCAGCGAUGAGACUGACCAAAGCUCCGCUAAGUAUUUAUGUUGAUUUUAACAAUGCUGAUAAAUUUGAAACUAACUAUAAUAUUAGAGACUUACAAGAAACCUUAAACGGUUGUAAUAUUAAUAACAACAAUAAUAAUGUUAUAUUUAAUUCAAAUGAUCAAAGAACGAAUGAAAUUGAUAAUCUAAUAUUAAGAAGCAAAAGAAAAGGUAGCUGCGAGCCCAAAGAUAUGAUUGAAGAAUAUUUUGAUUACCUACCAAGAUUUAUAAGGGAUGAUUUAUGUAAUGGGCCUUUAUCGAGAUGCGAGAACGCGCGAUGUAAGAAGCCUAUAUUUGAUUUCGUCUAUUACGAGUUUUGUGUUGAGAAAUUAAUCCUAAUUGAAGCUACCGAAGAUAUUAUUCUAAGCGCUGCGUUUUGUUCAAAGACUUGUGCGGAGGCAUGGAAACCGGGAAAGGCUAUUCUGAAUUGGAAAUUUGUUUAAUGAAUUGAAGAUUGCUAU